AGUACAUCAUCUUGGUCGUUAGUUUUCGCAGCUCGCGCGAUAUCCCUUGCCAUCCCGCCCACCGUCACGCACGUCAAUAUCUAAUUAUCUUGGUUAAAGACACCAUCAGAAGUCUUUUUUACGCCCUAGCAGUCACCUGCCAUGUCUGACACACGACCCACUCUGAGCACCUCGCUUUCAUUUACUGCAACAUCAUCUACGAACACAACUCGCGCUCUGAAACGACGUUUGACGUCUACUUCGGAUCUCCCUUUUUUCACGCCUGCAGCUGCCUCAUUUAAGCCAAAACCAUAUACGCCAAAUGGUUCUUCGGCUCCCAUCCCGCCGCCCCCGCCGAAGUUACAAUCUGUUGUGCGGACGCAUUCAGCGUCAUCCUUAGUUCAACAUAUGCCCAUGAUGGAUCCCUCCCCGUCUGAUCCGAACCUCGUUUUUGUUCACCCCCCGUUUGUUGCCUUUCCCAACGCUCACCUUUAUCCAGAAGGCCUCUCCUACUCAUUGAUGGCUGCGAAUCCAGAUUGGUUCUUAGAUCAGAAUGAUUUCGUUAAUGGUUCAUCAAACAAUCCAGAUGCAAUUCCUUAUCCUCCCCAGCUCGAACCACCCAGAGGAUGGUGCCCAGCCAAGAAAAAGGAUCUCAAGGCUUUAGGUCCAGAUGGCUGGCCUGAAGGGGAAGAGCCAAGGCUGCGUUGUACAUUCUGCAGGAGAACGUACGCCGGGGUCAAUGCGAAGAGCAUGUGGAGGCGACAUGUGUAUGAGAAACACAAGAUUGCUAUGUCGAAUCGUCGGGAGGGACACGAUCGCACGCGCGGUGGCCGCGGAUCUGGCAGGGAACGAAGUAACCAUCAUGAUAAGGAAAAUUAUGCAGAAGAUUGUCGAGGUUCAAGGGGACCAGACAACAAAUCCAGGAAGUCAGGAACCGGAGGGUCGGCCUUAUCGUCAAGGAAUAGCAUAACGCCUACCCCAGACCCAGAGGAUGAUGAAGCAGAUGACGAUGACUUGCCCGCGCCCUCAGCACCUGUCAUUGAACAGAAUGAGUUUCCUGCCCUUUCAUCUCCUCCCAUCCUUAAACACACAAGACCGCUGGAUGAGGGCUUCAUGAUGCCAGAUUCCUAUGAUUCCCGGACAAGGCAAGCUGAUGACACGAGCGCGUCCCCAAAGACAUCAAGCUUUGCUGUUCCCAUGUCUCCUUACGAUCCAACGUUGACGCCAUCGUUCCGCCACUCUCCGCCGCGCCUUCCUUCUGACCAGCCCUGGCGCUUCCCGAGUCCCAGUCACCCCCUCCAUUCUGGGGCCAGAGAAUUUUGCCUAUCCAUGCUCGCGCGUGCCACUCCUGCUACAAAAGGUUCUUCUGUCAUUGACUCAAGCUCCCCAAGCACUGGUACGGCGAGCGUUAUGAAUACUCCAUGCAGCAUCACAUUCCGCGGAAAGACGUUUAGCGACCUUGGCAGCAUAUUCACCGAAGGAAGCUCUCCUAUCAUCUUUAGACCUUCACCACGCCACCUAUUUUCUGAUGGUCGUUCGCCAGUGCCAGUGUAUACUCGGCUUGACUUCCGCAAACGCUUGAAUGACUCCCCACUCGGCGGUGGUCUACGUCGCAAAAGCCAUGACCGGAAAAAGUCUGCCAUGAGCAACUCCUUCGACUUGCAGGGCGGCUGGCUUUCUGAUAACUCGCUCUCAUCUUCGGCGAGCAGUUUGAACAGCACAGCAAUACCAAGCCCUGCCCGCCUGACGAGCGACGAUCCCUUUGGGAGCCCCUUCAAGCCGCUUGAACCUACUUUACGACAUCUGCCUGAAAAGAGGGUUGUAUCACCACCGCGGUCCAGUCCAGACGCGGAAAGCCCAGUGAUGAGGCAUUUCCGUUUACCGGAUAGUGAAAUGUCAGAAUCAAAUGGUGGUGGCCUCAUUGGGCUAGGCAUUGGGUUGAUGGCCCCGUUCGAUCUUUCUACCUCCCAUGUUUCCCAUCGCGAAGCAGAGGAGAAGGAUGAAGCGGAAGUCGAAGGAGUGUUAAUGGACGUAUCUGACGAUUUGGCACCACCGUCAAAGAAACGCAGGGUGACGUAGCCUGAGUGAUCUUGUUCGCUUGUUCCACUAGUUUUCGAUCCGCUUUGCCUUUGUAUGUCGUUAUCUGAACGGUUUUCAUCAUUUAUCAGCUCCAGAAUUUCUCACUUGGCUUUGGCAUCUGUUUCAGACCUGUACACCGUUGUUUUCAUGCCCAUCCUACCUUACUUGUAUACUGUUUUGCCUCGAGAUGUAUUUGUUCUUGCCGCCGGUUCUGUUGCCAAGCAUUUUAAGGUUGACUCUCAUAUAACAAACAUUUUUGGAACCCGAAGUUAGGGCUUCCUAAUUAAUGUGUUCGAUGGGGUCACACAAACCCCGUCUCUACUUCUCAA